CGUCCUCUGCCGCUGGGUCUCUGCUGGUGAUGCCGAGCGGAGCGGGGCGCCUGUUCGUUUCUCUGUGCGGCUACAACCGCAGUUCGCAAGAUUGAAGCCGGAUGAGACAGAGGAGGAGGGUGAAAUAUGAAGCUGGAUCACCGGAGCCGCGUCUCAUCGCCCGGACAGCUGUAACGUCGGCGGACACACGCGUGGAUUCAUCAAAGGGCCGACAUUAAGGGCUUCUCUCUGUUUGACACUCAGCCAGCCACAGGAUGAUCGAGGAAGGCAGCAAACGAGGCAAGGCCAUGGUGGAGAAGAGACAGCUCUUCAUGGAAAUGAGAGCUCAAAACUUCGAUGUAAUCAGACUGUCGACGUACAGGACUGCCUGCAAACUCCGGUUUGUGCAGAAGAGAUGCAACCUUCAUCUGGUGGACGUGUGGAACAUGAUCGAGGCGUUUCGUGACAACGGGCUCAACACGUUGGACCACAACGCCGAGAUCAACGUGUCGCGGCUGGAGACGAUCCUGUCCUCCAUCUACUACCAGCUCAACAAGCGGCUGCCCACCACCCACCAGAUCAACGUCGAGCAGUCCAUCGGGCUGCUGCUCAACUUCAUGGUGGCCACCUACGACAGUGAAAGCCAUGGGAAGCUGACCGUGUUCUCAAUGAAAGCCAUGCUCUCUACAAUGUGUGGUGGGAAGAUUGUGGACAAACUUCGCUAUAUUUUCUCACAGAUCUCGGAUUCAAAUGGAGUCAUGAUGUUUGCAAAGUUUGAUCAGUUUCUCCGGGAGGUCCUGAAGCUCCCCACAGCCGUGUUCGAGGGUCCGUCUUUCGGCUACACGGAGCACUCGGUGCGGACGUGCUUCCCUCAGCAGAAGAAGAUUAUGCUGAACACGUUUUUGGAUGUGUUGAUGGCAGAUCCUCCUCCUCAAUGCCUCGUAUGGCUACCGCUCAUGCACCGACUCGCUAAUGUUGAAAAUGUCUUCCAUCCGGUGGAAUGUUCCUAUUGCCGGAGCGAGAGCAUGAUGGGUUUCCGGUACCGGUGCCAGCAGUGCCACGGCUACCAGCUGUGCCAGAGCUGCUUCUGGCGCGGCCAUGCAAACGGUCCCCAUAGCAACCAGCACCAGAUGAAGGAGCACUCUUCCUGGAAGUCUCCGGCCAAAAAGCUGAGCCACGCCAUCAGCAAAUCCCUCGGCUGCGUCCCCAUCGGAGAGCCGCCUCAUCCUGUGUUCCCCGAGCAGGCUGAGAGACCCCCGGAGCUCACCCACACUGUUCAGCCGAAACCAGGGGCCAACAACAUGAACGAGACAAUGCUCAUGUCCUCUGGGGCGCCCACUCCUACCAAAAGUGUCUUGGAGAGUCCCAGUCGGCUGGAUGAGGAGCACCGCCUCAUCGCUCGCUACGCCGCCCGCCUGGCAGCCGAGGCGGGAAACUCCACACAACAGUGUCCUCCGACAGAUUUGGGUUUCAACUUCGAUGCCAAUAAGCAGCAGAGACAGCUGAUCGCAGAGUUGGAGAACAAAAACAGGGAGAUCCUUCAGGAGAUCCAACGGCUGCGUCUGGAGCACGAGCAGGCGUCUCAGCCGACCCCAGAGAAAGCCCAGCAGAACCCCACGCUGCUGACCGAACUGCGGCUCCUCAGACACAGGAAGGACGAGCUGGAGAGGCGCAUGUCGGCGCUGCAGGAGAGCAGGCGGGAGCUGAUGGUGCAGCUGGAGGGACUCAUGAGGCUGCUGAAGGAUGAGGAGCAGAAGCAGGCUUCGCAGUCCGGAGGCUCCCCUCAUUCCUCCCCCAGCCAUGGGGCGGGCUGUUCCAUGCCCAUGCCCAUACGCUCCACCUCGGCCGGGUCCACCCCCACCCACACCCCACAGGACUGCCUGGCCGGGGUGGGGGGGGACGUGCUCGAGGCUUUCGCUCAUGGAGUACCUAGAAACCUUCGUAAUGAUCUAUUAGUUGCUGCUGACUCAAUCACAAACACCAUGUCGUCGCUGGUGAAAGAGCUCCACUCAGUUGAUGAGGUGGGCUUGGAAGACGAGACGAACAUGAGGAACGGUGGGGACAGAAGCACAUUGAGAGUACAGAAACACUGAGGAAACACAAUCACCACAACCCUGCAAGGACAAACAGUCAACAAGUGGGAAGUAUCAGUAACAACAACAACAACAACAACAACCAAGCCCUGGCAUUAGCACGUAGAGUAAUGCAUGCUGUAAUCUAACAGGAUUUCACUAUGUGAAGAAAAAAAGCGUCUCUUCACAACUUGCAGGUAGCAAGAUGUGUCUAAUUAGCGAGUGUGUAUGUUGUCCUGUAAACAAAAACUGCUGUAAUGAAUUAAUGAUUUCCCUCAUGAUGCUAAGGAAUGGCUUGCUGUGCUUCCCACCCCCCCCCCCCCCAAAACGUCCCUUAGCAGCAGAUCAUUCUGUAAAUAAAAUCCUGUAAACACAUGACCACAGGAAACGCCCCGACAUGAAGGUGACAACAUGUUCCCUUUCAUUGGUUUUGUAUGAUUAGCGCUAGUGUUCAUCUUACUUUUAGUUUUUUUAAAUAAUUUUUGCAUGAAGUUGCACUCGUGUCUGGAUUUAGGUACUGUACCAAGCUAUGGCAGCUCCCUGUGGGGUUUGAUGGUGUCAGGAGUGUCUCGCCUCCGAGUUCACACUGAGUUUGUUUUCUUGCACAUCCAUAUUCUUGAGUUUGUUACAAAAAAAAACGGUGACGAUUGUAAAAGCAGAAUCCUGGAUAUGCCCCGGUUUCUAAUAUUUGGACAUUUUGUGAAAUGCACCUGUUAUUUUACUUGCUCACAGCUGGAUAAGAUCAAUAUCUGUCCUACAUUCAUACAUGAAAUGGACUGGAAGUAAGGAUAAAAACCACAAGCCUGGCUCUGCAGAAAUGUAAACAUCAUGACUUCUCAGAGCCUCACUGAGAGGAUGGCAAAAUAAUGUGUGAAGACUCCAGGAAUCAACUGUGUUUGGCUCGUCGGCUUUCUUACCAGAAUAAAUCUGUAUGCUAAAUAUGAACCUUUUACGAGCAGCUAUUUUGCCAACCUUUUUUAAUGUCUGGAACAGCUAGCUUUGCACUUUCAAAAAGGUAACAAAAUCUACCUUCAUAACCCUCUAAAACUCAAAAGGAACAAUACCAGCUUGAGAAUACUUUGUGCAUGUAAACAAACUCACUGAGUCACUACUGUACUGCUGCUAUACUGGGCUCUCAGUGAGCCACCCUUGCAAAUAAAGGGCUGUGCGAUCAAACGAAACCAAGAGGCUACUACAAACACAAUAAUGAUCAGAGUCUCGUUGUUUUACUCUGCAAAAAACUCACUGAACACACCUGACUAGCUGACAGCCUCAGUAUUUAAAGUGUAGGGAAGCACCUCAGGAUAACUAGCAAUGAAUUAGGCGUUUAGUUUUAGUUACAAUAGGCAGGAUACAGGAUGUGAGGAUGUAGGGUCGUAGCAAGUAGGAAACGCUUUGAAAGCUUUAUUUAGUUAUCAAAGGAAUAUUACAAAUGUUGAUGUGCAAUGGUAGUAGGUGCUCAGGGACUGCAGAGCUACUGUAGUUGAUAUAUAGCGGUAAUGUACUUUAACUGCUACACAUUAGGAGGUUAACGAUCAAUGAGGAGUAAAAAUGGAGGGUUUCAGUCCAAAACAUAUUCACAGUAUUUCCACAAAGAAAGCUUUGUGUGAUCCCUGCUGUAGGAUUUAGUUAAACGUGCAAAGGUAGUUAAUUUGUCUCUAAAUUAACUUAUACAUUUGUUUGGAAUGAAACUCUUUAAAUAUAAAAAGGAAAACAACAGCAAGGCAUUAACGCUGGUUAAAGAAUGUGGAGAGAAGUUUUUCUAAAGUGCUAUUUGGUGAAGCAUGUUGUCGGAUAGUUUGUCUGUGUGUGAAUUAGUGUCUUUCACAGAAAAGCAAAGAUGUUAACGGGAGAGGGUUUUCAUUUUAAACGGGUCUAAAUGACUUUCUUUUGUCCUUCACGAUAGUCAUCUUAAAAGAUUUGAAAUGUUUGUUUUUAGUGAAUUCAAUGUGAUGAAGGUCUAGGGAAGUUUUGGUAUAAAAUGCUCACAAAGGAAAGUCAAAUCGGACUGAAAGGAACUGAAAGCAUGACGGUUUUUUUAUUUUGAAAUCUGUACAGUAAGCCUAUCCUAUAAGUAAAAGGUUUGGACAACCUGCUACACUGUGUCAAGAAAAAGAACAAAAAGAGGCUCCUCUGUUAUUUUAAAUGUGAUGUUUUUAUUCAGUUCUGUUAUUAUUGUUUAGUAUUAGUGGAGUAUCGUCAGUGUAAUGCGUUUGUCAAACAGAGAUUCACAUGCACACUCGCGCUUGAAUAGUCGCCAAAAUACGAAGGAAGUAGAAAGUACUACAUUUUAAAUUCUGUGACCUCUGAUGACAACGCUUAUUCACUCAGAAAGGGUCCAGAAAUAUUUCAAUGCAGAGAUUUAAAAAGUGACUGUCUUCCCCUUCAUUCUGGCCACGCAUUUGGAUUCAAAGUUUAUUUUUGAUCUUUCAGUUUGUGCCUGUAGCUGUUCUGUGAAGUGCUGUACAAAGUAACCAUUCAGCAGAUAAGAUGAUCUAUCAGCCUUUAUGUCUGUGACUCUGUAGAUAUUUUUAUUUAUUUAUUUAAUGUGUUACGAGGGGGAAACUCAUGCUCAGCCUUUACAUUUGUGCCAAACUGUUUGUGUGUCAUACAAAGUACAGGUAUAUAUCAAAGUAUAUCUGCGUUAGUAUGUUGUUGUUGCCCAUCGUUCACUCACAGACUGCCUGGAGAUGUUCGGUUACUGCUUUCCACUGCUGGAAAACAUUUAAUAAAGACAGACGACACAUUCCAGAUCUGCCGAUAGACUCGCGGCUGUCAUUAAAUGAGGAGGCAAUACAAAUAAAACCAUCCGUUGUGAUCCUCUUAUUGUUUGCAGACAAUGUGCAAAGAGCAACAACGCCCCCCCCCCCCGAUGUUAUUUAUCUAUGUCUGUGUUCUGUACGGUUACGCUUCUGCUACACAUCUGUUUCUCAUGUUGAUUUUACAAAAACAUAGUUUUAUGUCACAAAGCCACUGUCUUUUGUAAAUAAAUCAAAUGUGAGAUAUAUUAAAAAGAUUUAAAAUAUGG